AUUCCCUCGCCGUCCGGUCAGCUGACUCGCCAUCGCAGGCGCAUCGCAUUCUUCUCAGCGCUGACACGAUUCACACACCGACAUUUUACACCAAACGGAUAUUUACUCGAUACAGACCAGCGCUAUUUGUCAGAAGAACGGAGAAGAGGAGCAGAAUGGGGUGUCGAGAGGUUUUCAUAUUACUGAUGGCCGCGACAUCGACGAUCGCUGCUGAGGUGCCGUCAGACUCUGAUACGGGACUGCUGGCUGAGCCACAGGUCGCCAUGUUCUGCGGGAAACUCAACAUGCACAUCAACAUUCAGACCGGAAAAUGGGAACCUGAUCCGUCCGGAACCAAGAGCUGCAUUGGGACAAAAGAGGGAAUCCUGCAGUACUGCCAGGAGGUGUAUCCAGGGCUUCAGAUCACAAACGUCGUGGAGGCCAAUCAGCCUGUCAGUAUCUGGGACUGGUGUAAGAAGGGCCGUAAGCAGUGCCGCAGUCAUAUGCACAUCGUGGUGCCGUACCGCUGCCUGGUCGGUGAGUUUGUGAGUGAUGCUCUGCUGGUUCCUGAUAAGUGUAAAUUCCUGCACCAGGAGCGCAUGGACAUGUGUGAGAGUCACCUGCACUGGCACACCGUCGCCAAAGAGUCUUGCGGCGACCGCAGCAUGAAUCUCCAUGACUACGGGAUGCUGUUGCCAUGCGGUAUUGACCGUUUCCGUGGCGUCGAGUUUGUUUGCUGCCCUGCAGAAGCGGAGAAAGAGUCAGAUAGCGCAGUCGUGGAGGAGGAUGAUUCAGACGUGUGGUGGGGAGGAGCAGAGACUGACUACAGCGAGAACAGCAUGACGCGAGACGCAGGAUCCAAACCCGCUGUGGUGGAGAAUGAUGAGGAUCCAGACGAGGAAGAGGAGGAGGUUCUGGACAAUGAUCAGGACGGAGACGGAGACGAGAAUGAGAAAGAGGUCGAGGACGACAAGAUUGUGGACGAGCGCAGCGACAGCAGCCAGAGCACCAGCAUCGCCAUGACGACCACUACCACCACCACCACAGAGUCAGUAGAGGAGGUGGUGAGAGAGGUGUGUUUUGCGAGUGCAGAGACGGGCCCCUGUAGGGCCAUGUUGCCCCGCUGGUAUUUUGUGCGUGAGGAGGGCCGCUGUGCUCCCUUCAUCUACGGAGGCUGCGGAGGAAAUCGCAAUAACUUUGAGUCGGAGGAGUACUGUCUGUCUGUCUGCAGCAGCGUGUUGCCAACUCCCUCCUCUAGUUCUCCGGACGCAAUGGACCAAUACCUGGAGACGCCAGCAGACGAGAACGAACACGUGCACUUCCUGAAGGCCAAAGAGAGCCUGGAGGCCAAACACCGCGAGCGCAUGUCUCAGGUGAUGAGAGAAUGGGAAGAGGCCGAGAGACAGGCGAAGAGCUUACCGCACAAUGACAAAAAGGCCGUGAUCCAGCACUUCCAGGAGAAGGUGGAAGCUCUGGAGCAGGAGGCGGCCAGCGAGCGGCAGCAGCUGGUGGAGACGCACAUGGCGCGUGUGGAGGCACUGCUGAACGACCGCCGGCGCAUCGCUCUGGAGAGCUACCUGUCUGCCCUGCAGGCCGAUCCGCCCCGGCCACGGCACGUGUUCAGCCUGCUGAAGAAGUAUGUUCGCGCUGAGCAGAAGGACCGACAGCACACACUCAAACACUUUGAACACGUGCGCAUGGUCGAUCCUAAGAAAGCUGCUCAGAUCCGGCCUCAGGUGCUGACCCAUUUGCGUGUGAUUGAGGAGCGGAUGAAUCAGUCUCUCGGGCUGCUGUUCAAGGUCCCGGGAGUCGCUGAAGAUAUUCAGGACCAAGUCGAGCUGUUGCAGCACGAGCAGCAGGAAAUGUCCGCACAGCUGGCGAACCUGCAGAGCGACGUGCGGGUGAGUUACGGUAACGAUGCCCUGAUGCCCGACAGCACCGGCAGCCUGGACGUGCUGCCUGCUGAAGACACGCAGGGAUUCGGCUUCAUCCACCCCGAGAGCUUCAACCAGCCCAACACACAGAACCAGGUUGAGCCGGUCGAUGCGCGACCCAUUCCAGACCGAGGCCUGCCGAUACGACCAGUGUCUGGACUGAAGCCUGAUGAUGUUCCUGAGUUGCGGAUGGAAGCUGAAGAAAGACACAGUGAAGUUUACCAUCAGAAACUGGUUUUCUUCGCAGAGGACGUCAGCUCCAAUAAGGGAGCUAUUAUUGGCCUGAUGGUCGGAGGUGUUGUCAUAGCAACCAUCAUCGUCAUCACCCUGGUGAUGCUGAGGAAGAAGCAGUACACGUCCAUCCACCAUGGAAUCAUUGAGGUGGACGCUGCUGUGACCCCGGAAGAACGUCACCUGUCUAAGAUGCAGCAGAACGGCUAUGAAAACCCAACAUACAAGUUCUUCGAGCAGAUUCACAACUGAUGGUGUGCCUCCCCGUACCUCCUCCUCAUCUGCAGACGGUGCAGGAGACACCAGCCCAACCUCACCGCUCAUUAACAUCAUGCUUCCUAUUGGCUAGUUUACAUGUCAAUCAAACAUCACCUACCAUUGGCUUGACGAAGAUGAACUUUGUCAGUUUCAAAUUGUUGAAGAGGCAGUUUCAAACAGAAUGCACAAAAGAUUCAAUUCAAUUUGGUUCAAAAGAUAGAGAUUCAAUACAAAUUGAACGCAUAAUUCAAAUUUAGUUUUAAAUUCACUACAGAUUUUUCCACUAUGAGCUCCCAUUGGCUGGACAAAUGUGAACAGGAGUUUAAUGCUGUUGGGGUCAGUUUCAAGUUCAAGUAUGAAGUCAAUCAUGUCAAAUUCAAUCCAUAGUUCUGAAUUCACUCCAGAAAAUUUAGUUUCAAAAUGAAUUGAGAUUCAAUUCAAAUCACAAAUCAAACUCAUAAUUCAAAUUUUGUUUUCAAUUCACUGCAGAUUUUUCAACUCUAACCUUGCAUUGGCUGGACGAACAAGAACAUGGUCAGAUUAAUACUGUUAGGCUCAAUCUUGAGUUUCAGUUUCAAAAUGAAUGCACAAUUCAAAUUCAAAUCACAAAUAUAUUUCAAAUUCAUAUCACAAAUCAAAGUGAAUCCAUAAUUCGAAUUCAAGUCACAAAUUAAAUUGAACACAUAAUUCAAAUUAAAAUUAAAAAUCUAAUUGAAUGCA